AUGAUCACUCAGAAGAGAUUGUUUCAUAGUACCAUCCCAAAGAAACUCCAGAUGCAACAGAAUGAAGAAAGUGACAACCGUCCGGCGCUUGAAAAGUUUGGAAGCGACCUCACCCAGAUGGCCAAAGACGGCAAAUUGGAUCCCGUGAUCGGCCGAGAUGAGGAAAUUCGUCGUACUAUCCAAAUCUUGUCUCGUAGAACAAAGAAUAACCCAGUCCUUAUAGGGAAUGCCGGUACGGGUAAGACUGCCAUUAUGGAAGGGUUAGCUCAGAGGAUUCUCAAGGGUGAGGUUCCAGACUCUAUGAAGGACAAGAAAAUUAUCACUUUGGACUUAGCAGGAAUCAUCUCUGGGUCCAAGUUCAGAGGUGAUUUUGAAUCCAAACUCAAACUGAUACUAAAAGAGGUGGAGGAGCAGCAUGGCAAAGUGAUUUUGUUUGUAGAUGAAUUGCAUUUGCUUAUGGGUUUGGGCAAGGCUGAAGGGUCAAUUGAUGCUUCCAACUUGUUGAAACCAGCUUUAGCUAGAGGUAUGCUUUCUCUCUGUGGAGCAACUACUAUCGAAGAGUAUCGUAAAUAUGUGGAGAAAGAUGCUGCUCUUGCAAGAAGAUUCUCACCUGUUCUUGUAAACGAGCCGACUGUGCAAGAUACCAUUUCGAUAUUGCGUGGUUUAAAGGAACGUUACGAAGUUCACCAUGGUGUUCGUAUUACUGAUGGUGCCUUAGUGACUGCUGCUCUCUAUUCGAACAGGUAUAUCACCGACCGUUUCUUGCCUGAUAAGGCUAUUGACUUAGUUGAUGAAGCCAGUUCAACUUUGAGAUUGCAGCAUGAAUCCAAACCUGAUGCUAUCGCUCAAUUAGACCGUGACAUCAUGACCAUUGAAAUCGAAUUGGAAUCCUUACGUAAAGAAGAGGACCAGUUGUCCAAGGAUCGUAGAAGUAAGUUGGAAGAAGAAUUGAAGGUGAAGAAGGCGGAGUUGGCCGAGUUCACAGAACAAUGGGAGACUGAAAGACGGCUGAUCCAAGACGUCAAGAGCGCCAAAACUGAAUUAGAACAAUCGAAGUUCGACUUGGAACAAUACCAAAGAGAUGGCAAUUAUGCCAAGGCAUCUGAAUUACAAUAUGCCACCAUCCCUGAACUCGAAGAAAAGUUGAAGAGCUUGACGGAAAAAGAAAGUGCUAACCAAUCGUCAAACUUGUUGCAUGACUCAGUAACAUCCGACGACAUUGCCAGUGUUAUCUCCAAGAUGACUGGAAUUCCUGUCAAUAACUUGUUGAAAGGUGAAAAGGACAAGUUACUCGAUAUGGAAAUUAUUUUGAAACAAAAGGUUGUAGGACAGGAUGAAGCAAUUCAUGCUGUUUCUGAUGCUGUAAGACUUCAAAGAGCUGGCUUGACUAGUGACAAGAGGCCCAUUGCCUCUUUCAUGUUCUUGGGGCCAACUGGUACAGGUAAGACUGAGUUGACGAAGACUUUAGCAGAGUUUAUCUUCAACGAUACUUCCUCGGUUAUCAGAUUUGACAUGUCCGAGUUCCAGGAGAGACAUUCUGUUUCAAGAUUGAUCGGUUCGCCUCCUGGAUACGUCGGUUACGAAGACAGUGGCGAGUUGACCGAGGCUGUCAGAAGAAAGCCAUAUUCAGUGGUUCUUUUUGACGAGUUCGAAAAGGCUCAUAAGGAUGUCUCGAAGUUGUUAUUGCAGGUAUUGGAUGAAGGCUCCUUGACGGACUCUCAUGGAAAACAUAUAGAUUUCCGUAACACAAUCAUUGUCAUGACAUCUAACAUUGGGCAGGAGAUCUUAUUGGCUGACCAAGAUGCUCACGAAGAUGGAAGCAUUUCCGAAGGUGUCAAGCGCGAAAUCACUGAAGUGUUAAAGCAUUACUAUCCACCCGAAUUUUUGAAUCGUCUUGAUGAAGUGUUGAUUUUUAACAGAUUGUCUAAGUCUUCCUUGAAGAACAUUUUGGAUAUUCGUUUGAGAGAAAUUCUGGAAAGGUUGGACGACAAGCGGAUACGCCUAGAGCUUACCGAAGAAGCCAAAACUCUUAUCUGUGAUCUUGGUUAUGAUCCAAUCUAUGGGGCACGUCCAUUGAACAGAGUCUUACAGAAACAGUUACUUAACCCAUUGGCUCUCCUUUUGAUCAAGGGUCAGGUCAAGGAAACCGAGACUGUUUCUAUCGAAGCCAAAUCUGGAAAGAUCUUUGUUAGACCCAAUCAUGAUGAAAACAUCUAUGACGAAAACGGAGAAAAAGUGGGUGGUGAAGAGUGA